AGUUUUCACGAGACGUAUCGUUCCCACGUAUUUCCAGUCAAGAUGAGCCCCGUACUGGCCGUUGAGUUAUUGUUCUUCGCCAUCUUCGGUCAGACGACCCACGAACAAUUCAAGGUUGAAUUAAUGCAGCCCGAUUGGACCAAAGUUCUCUUCAAGCUCACCUUCGGUAUUUAUAUGCUGGUUUCGGUGGUCGUGCUGAUUAAUCUCCUAAUCGCCAUGAUGAGCGACACUUACCAACGGAUACAGGCUCAGUCCGACAUCGAGUGGAAGUACGGAUUGAGUAAGCUGGUUAGGAAUAUGCACAGGACAAGCACAGCGCCAUCUCCGCUGAAUCUUCUUACCACCUGGAUGGCAUACUUGUACAAACUCUGCAAGAAACGCGCUGCGAAAAAGCAACGACCAUCCCUCGUCCGUUUGAUGGGAUUGCAAAGACCCGAUGCACUUUCACCGCGCUCCAGAAUGGGCGCCAAGUGGUUGUCCAAAGUGAAAAAGUCUCAGGUGGCCCACAAGGACAGCAUUGCCCUAUCGAUUGUUCAUUUGAGCCCUCUUGGUAGUCAACUGUCGUUCAGUAACGCCAUCAGAAUCGAUAACGUUGUCGAUUGGGAAGCGGUCAGACGAAAGUAUCGCGAUCUUUUUGGUGAAAAGAUCGAAAAGCACACCGAGGAAUCGAAAGAAUCCACGGAACACGACCCUCUACCGACAGCUUUGGAAAGCUCGUUGACCGGUGUUCCCGCCGGAAAUCAAACUGCGCCUACCUCUGUUCCUUGA